AUGCUGGUGGUACCAAGGCACGUUCCCCAGCUUCCCUGCCCAUCCUCUCUCUCCUUGCAGUGCGUGACAUGUGGGAAGGGGUUCAAGAAGCUCUGGUCCCUCCAUGAGCACAACAAGAUUGUCCAUGGCUACGCUGAGAAGAAGUUCUCCUGUGAGAUCUGCGAGAAGAAGUUCUACACCAUGGCCCACGUGCGCAAACACAUGGUUGCUCACACCAAGGACAUGCCAUUCACCUGUGAGACCUGCGGGAAGUCCUUCAAGCGCAGCAUGUCUCUCAAGGUCCAUUCACUCCAGCACUCUGGGGAAAAGCCUUUUAAAUGUGAGAACUGCAACGAGCGCUUCCAGUACAAGUACCAGCUGCGCUCCCACAUGAGCAUCCACAUCGGCCACAAGCAGUUCAUGUGCCAGUGGUGUGGCAAGGACUUCAACAUGAAGCAGUACUUUGACGAGCACAUGAAGACGCACACGGGUGAGAAGCCCUACAUCUGUGAGAUCUGCGGGAAGAGCUUCACCAGCCGCCCCAACAUGAAGCGACAUCGCCGGACCCACACGGGCGAGAAGCCGUAUCCCUGCGACGUCUGCGGUCAACGCUUCCGCUUCUCCAACAUGCUCAAAGCCCACAAGGAGAAAUGUUUCCGCGUCAGCAACCCCUUGGCUUCGGACACAGCCACCCCACAACCCACUGCCAGCCCAGCUCCGCUGCCCCCCGGCUACUCAAUAUUUGAUAGAUUCAUCUUCAAUUAG